AUGUCAGAACCAGAACAUCCAGUGCAGUUUUGGGAGUCUCAAUACAGUACUGUUCGAGAUAUAUUGGAACCAGUUAUAUUCAAGCGAAUCAUAAAAAUUUUUGAUUUACCGUCGGAAUCAAAAAAAUAUGAACCUCCAGAAGAAGAUAUUUCACAACUGUCUUCGGAACAAUUUUUUGAAGCAACAUCUUUCAAAGAAGUAAGAGUCACGAAAAUUGGAAAUAUUCAAAAUCCACAUUUCGAUUUUUUAUAUUGCAAUGAAUCGGAAACUGAUAUGAUGAAGUGGGAAUCUAAAUUCAAACAAAAAGAUUUUGAUGUUUCUGCUUCUGAUGAAUUCAAUAAAAAAGCAGAAAUCGCUACUAAAAAAAUUGCGGCAGAAUUUUUCGAGUGGUGGACUGGGUUAGGUAACGAAGAAUAUAAAAGCGAAAUUAGACGUCCAGAAGACAUUGAGGAUUUAUUUCAGGUUUGGUUUGAUGAACAUGCAUCUCAAGGUUUAAGACUCGAGCUAAAAACCCUUCCUUGCGUCAAUCAAAGUAUUGCUGAUUAUGUUGGCGUGCCAAAGGCUUCAUGUCAAAAUUUUCUGAAAAGGCAAAUAGCGUCUGACAUUCGAGCAGAAAGUAGUCCAGCUCAUACAAAAGCAUUUGGUAAAUGUCUGCCACAAAAACUGAAGCACAUUCCUCCGCGAAACAACACUAAGAACAUUUGGCAUGGCGUAAAGAUACCAGAAGAUCUUCGAUCUAUGUCAUGCGUAUGGGGAGAAAUACAGCAUCUAACUUCAACUAAAACCUUUUAUAAAUGGUUAAAAAUGCGACAUUACUUACCAAUGCCACCGUACUUUAAAACAAUGGAUAGUCAUGGUGAAAAGAAGUUGUUUGUAGUGCCAUCAGACUAUGUGGUCCAACAGAAGUCGUCGACAUCCAUAACGCAAGAGUUGGCGUUCCCGGUUUCAGAAUUUAAUUUAGAACUGAAGGAAGAAUUGAGCAAAAUUUUAUAUGAUUAA